AUGGCCACGUGCGAUAGAAUAAAAAAGGAAGAGAUUGAAAAACUAAUGAAAUGUGACGAUGUUACAAAAUUUGAAAAAGUAGAACCAGUUUGGACAAAAAGCAAGCAUUGGCAAGGAAAUUUUUGGGCUGCUAAAGUUGAUGGUGAAGUUUUAAAGACGUUUAGAAUAUGUGAAGUGUGUAGCAUGGUUUUGUCUGUACCAGUUGGAACUACUCAAACAUUGAAUCGCCAUCAUGAAUCCCACGUCAAAUCGAAACUCUUAAUUACACCAGGUAGCAAACAGUCGACCAUAAAAUCGUUUGUUCAGUCAAAGAAUAUUCCAGAAAAGCAUAGUGAGAGAAGUUCAAAAAGACCUAAUUUAGAUUUCAAUGCCACAGAUGAGACAUUCCUGUCAGGACAGAUGACAAGAACUGUGUCCAUUUCGCAGGAUGAACUGACAGGGUAUCUUGACCAGAUAAUCGACACUGUAAAUGUGCUUUCAUACUGGAGAAUGAAUGACAAAAAAAAAUACACGCUCCACGAAGUUAUGAUGAUGCUGGAAGAUAGUCCAGAUUCUGUGCCAUCAUCUGGUGUUAUUUUUUUACAACCUCCUGAAAAUGCAUGUGGAGACAUUACGGACAAAGAUUCGGGAGACGAAGACAUUCUAACAAUCAAUAAUCUCCCUGCGAGUCUGUUACGUGCUGAUGCUGGAAGAAAAGAAUUAUCUGAUGAUGAUAAUAAUUAUGAUGUCAACGAUGAUGAGAGUCAGCCAACUACAUCCAGUUGA